GCGGUUGAUGGCAGCGGAUGAAGAGAGCCAUCUCUGUGUGGUUUGGGAGCAAAGGCGGGAAACGAGGGAGGAAGAGGCCGUGCCCUGGCUUUCAUUCUUACAGGAGAUUCAGAGAAAGCGGUGAUGCAUUUCCAGUCUCCUGAUUUCCUCUUGCUGCUUUUGCAAUGAUCAAAUGUCUGCCUGAAGAAGUACAAGCCACUUUGCGGUCUGGAGUGGCCAUCAGCUCCUUGGGCCAGUGUGCUGAGGAGCUUGUCCUCAACAGCAUAGAUGCUAAAGCUACCUGUGUGGCUGUUAGAGUUGACUUGGACACCUUUAAGGUGCAGGUGGUGGAUAAUGGCUGUGGUAUGGGAAGAGAAGAUAUCAGCAAGAUCGGCAAUAGAUAUUUUACUAGUAAAUGCAGUUCAUUGGAGGACUUGGAAAAUUUACGUUUUUAUGGUUUCCGUGGAGAAGCUUUGGCAAGCAUUGCAAACAUAGCCAGCAUCCUGGAAAUAUCAUCCAAAACGAGAAAAACAGCAAUGAGUUUCUUGAAAAUGUUUCACAAUGGAAAAGGACUUGAAGUCUCUGAAACUGAAAUGAAUAGACCAUGUGCUGGAACUACUGUGACAGUGUACAACUUAUUCUAUAACUUACCUGUGCGGAAAAAGUGCAUGAACUCCAUUCUGGAACUGGAGAGAAUGAGGCAUAAAAUAGAGGCUAUUUCGCUCAUUCAUCCUUCUAUCUCCUUUUCUUUAAGGAAUGAUACUACCUGUUCCAUGGUGCUACAGCUGUCCAAGACAAAAGAUUUGUGCUCCCGAUUUUCUCAGAUUUAUAGUCUAAGCAAAUCACAGAAAUUGCGAGAAGUUAAAUAUAAAUCUAGAGGAUUUGAAAUCGGUGGUUUUAUCAGUACUGAAGGGCAUUACAAUAAAAAUAUUCAGUUUUUAUAUGUAAAUAAUAGAUUGAUAUUAAAAACAAGGCUGCAUAAACUUAUUGAUUUUUUACUAAGAAAACAGAGUAUUAUAUGUAAGACAAAAAAUGGAUCAUUGACGUCAAGUCCUGCUCGUCACCGAUCUGGCUCAGAAGCCUAUGGAGUCUUUGUUAUCAAUGUGAAGUGUCAGUAUGAUGAAUACGAUGUGUGUUUGGAACCUGCAAAAUCUCUAAUAGAGUUUCGCAAUUGGACAGCUCUCCUAACUUGCGUUGAGGAAGGAAUAAAAGCAUUCUUGAAGCGAGAACAUCUAUAUAUUGAGCCAUCGGGUGAAGACAUUAAAGAGUUUAAUGAAAACAGUGGAUUUUGUUUGAUAAACACUUUAGCUUUACAGAGUUUACAGACAUCUAUCCCAGAGGAGAACAGGCAGGAGAGUUUUAAGAGAGCCUGUGAUAAUAUUGUGGAUUCUUAUGAAAUGUUUAAUCUGCAAUCAAAAUCUGUCAAAAGGAAAAUAGCUCUUCCAAAGAAAGCAUCAGAUCACACAGAAUCUGUUCGCAAUGUGGAGGGAGUAGAUAUUUGUCCAGAUUUAACUGUUAGCAAUGAACCUAUUCUUGAACUUGGAAGAGGUAAAGUAGACAAUAUUUUGACCAAUAAAAAUGAAACCAUAACAGAUCUCUCUGAAUUGAAUAACCGACAGGAAGAGUCAGGCAGGUCUGUUGAACCACAGAUUGAAAUAAAUAGUUUCAGGUCUCCAGAAGAAGAUAGUAGGCAGGAUAGAUCAGUUGUGUUAGAAACAGACAAGCAUGCCAGUACCUCACUUUGCACUGAAAAAUCUGGUAGAGAUAUAAGUGAUCAACAAAAUAAAGUAUUUCAGAGAAAUGAGCUGAACUCUCCCAUAGUAGAACAUGUAAAAAUGGUGGGAGAUGUUAAUGAGUUUAUUUUGGAAUGUGGUACGAAAGAAAAAUAUCAGACAGUGAAAGAGGGCAGAGAACUUUAUAGAGGAUCCAAUACUAAUAGAGUAGAGGUAAUGGAAAGGAGGCCGAUGAAGCUGUGUUCCACGGGCCUUGUAACACACUUGGUACAAAAUAAAAAAAUGCAUAACUCAGUGGAAAGAAGCAAUCCUUUAAGCAGACAAUCUAAAUUAAGGCCAAUAAGUGCCAAGGAUAUAUUUGAAAAUAGACUGGGAUUUUUAGGACAAAUUCCUGACAGUCAAGAAUGUUUAAAGGUAACAAAUACAAUAAACCCCACAGAAAGUACUAAUGCAUGCACAUCAGAGCAAAAGAAUAAGGUAUCUUCAAUCCAUGUAGGUGAGAGUAUAGACUUUGGGACAUCAUACAAUGAAGAAUUUAGUUCUGUGGGUUCUUCAAGUUCAGUUCGUCUAUCUAGUACAACUAAGCAUAGGCAGAUGAGCGAACAUUCACUUAAGCCUAGAUCCUGUGGUUUUACAAAAUUAAGCUUGCAUCGAAAGCUGGGUUCAUUGGAUAGAUUUAGGAGACAUUAUGGAAAUAUAAAGAGUACACCACCAAUACCUGAUGUGGAAAAGAGGAAUGGGGAUGAGGCACCAGUCUGUAGCAGGUCUGUUCAUGAUGAGAGUACAGAUAGUCAAAAUUUCAGCAUUUGUGAAGGUCCUAACAAGAAAGCUUUGUCCAGUAAUAGUGUCCGUGAUUGCCUGCUUUCUUUUAAGAUGUCUCAACAUUGCAUGGGAAAAAAUAUAUUAGGUGAAAAAGCUUUAAAUGAAGGUUCUGUAAAACGGACGGAUUCCUUGCAAAUCGGAAAGAAAAAUAUUUCUGACACUCCUGUAACAGGAACACUUUCUUUUAAAUUAUCACAAAUGAAGAAAAGUCUUAAAAGGCCCAUGGGGUCACUUUUAGAACUAUCUGAAGCAUACUCAACCCAAAAUGAUGAAGACAGAUGGAAACUGUCAAUGCAAAAUAAUGUUUUGCAGCAAGUUUGUCAAAUUCCUCAGUUUUCCCUAGAAGAACAGACAGAGAGUUCCUCUUUUGCCUCAAAUUCUGAUGCACAAGUUAAUGUCAUGGAAAGCCCAAGUAGAAGAUCAGAGGAUGCUGAAGAUACUGUGGGACGUAAUUUCAUUGACACCGAUGGAGAAUAUAUAGUUUCACCAAACAGAAGUUUAACUGUUACUAAUAUAGAGAUGGAUUCUGAAGCUCCUCAUGAAGAUAAAAGUAUUAUGAAUGAAUCUACAAACCAAGCGGUGGAAUCGUGUGUGACUGUGUCCAGGAACUUAGAAAAUGCCAUAGAUGAUCCAAAUGUAGAAGAUAGUAAGGCACCACAAGCACAUCAGUCUGAGUGGUUGAACCAGUUUGAUGUGUCAUUGGGCAAGACAGUAUACAUCAACCCAGUGACUGGACUGAGCACCUAUAAUGCUCCUCCCAAUGGGGACUCUCAAGCUGUCUGUGCCAAGGAUAUAAGCACAAUGGCUAUAAAUGUCAUUGAGAAUAAUGGGUUUCAGUGCAGAUGUCACCCCUUUAGAAGUGAGCUUGUUAUGCCCUUCCUUCCAAGACCUCAGAAUGAGAGGAGUUUUGCAAGCCAAGAUUUCAGAGAUACUCCUGGAGAAUCUCUUCAGUCCCUGUUUUCAGAAUGGGAUAAUCCUGUGUUUGCUCACUGUCCAGAGCUAGCUGUUAAUGUGAGCAGUGGAGAGGCUGAUAAUCUUAUUGUGAAAAUUCAUAACAUCAUGUAUCCUUAUCGGUUCACCAAGAAGAUGAUUGAUUCAAUGCAGGUUCUUAAUCAAGUGGACAAUAAAUUUAUUGCUUGUUUAAUCAACACAGAUGAACACAAAGAGGCAGCUCUGCAUGGAAACCUUCUUGUGCUGGUGGAUCAGCAUGCCGCACAUGAGCGUGUCCGCCUUGAGCAACUAAUCACAGAUUCCUAUGAGAAGCAGUCUGAAACAUUGGGCAGGAAGAAAUUGUUAGCAUCCACUGUAUGUCCCCCCAUGGAGAUUGAGAUCACAGAGGAUCAGCGGAGACUCUUGAGGUGCUGCCACAAAAGUCUGGAGGACUUAGGUCUUGAAUUAUUUUUUCCGGAGAACCAGCCCUCUCAGAUUCUUGUUGGGAAAGUGCCACUGUGUUUUGUGGAAAGAGAGGCCAAUGAAUUGCGCCGUGGAAGGCAGACAGUGGCUAAGAGCAUUGUGCAGGAAUUCAUUCAAGAGCAAGCUGAGCUAUUGCGAACAACAGGAGGAGCACAGGGCACAUCGCCACUGACAGUUUUGAAGGUGCUUGCAUCCCAGGCUUGCCAUGGUGCUAUUAAGUUCAAUGACAACUUGACUUUUAAGGAUUGCUGCUGUCUUAUUAAGUCUUUGUCUUGCUGUCAUUUACCCUUCCAAUGUGCUCAUGGCAGACCAUCAAUGCUGCCUCUUGCAGAUGUAGAUCAUCUCCACCAGGAAAGCCAGCCUAAACCUAACCUGGCCAAACUAAGAAGAAUGGCUAAAGCCUGGCAACUUUUUGGAAAAGAAAACAGUUCUGAGAAAACAUGAGCCAGAUCUAACUUCAUUUAACACUGGUGUCACCAAACUGGCUGUGUUUGUACUAAGCACCAAUGUCUUUGGCAAGUCAAGCAGCAUGAGGAACUUAAGCAUUUGGAAAGCAGCAGAGGUCAGUGUUUCUCCAAUUCUUGAAAGAGUCUUGAGUAGAAUCAAAAUCUCAGGACUGUUCUCCUAAAGAAAUUUGAAAAGAUUCAACCUGCACUAGAACUGUAUUUGCUUUUGAAAAACUGUUAUUAGCACUCUCUCCUAUUGUACUUGAAACUGGAAUAAGCAGCAACUAUAGAUAAAUUGAUUUCACAUAAAGUUAACAGUUGAUCAGUAAUGUAACUUCACUCAGAUUAUUUGAGUGCUUAUUCUUAAAUCAGUAUGAGGCAUGGAUUAUAUUUAGAUGCUGAUUAGUAUCUGGGAAACUUAAGCACAGCUUCUAAUUGAAUUGGUAUAAAAAGUCAAAAGGAUCUUCAAUCUGAAUGCUUAUUCAAUGCUGCCAUCUUGUAGUAUGUAUUUUCUUACCUUGCCUGAAAGUAUAAAGUAACCUCAACUGUUACUGCAAGCAAAAUAACAUUUGAUGGUACUUUAUAUUUCCAGGCAAUAUUCCAAUUUCCAUGUUACAUGUUGGGCUUAAACAGCUAACCCCUAGGUUUCUUGACUUAUCACUUGCUUCUGUAAGCACAGCAAAAGAAUCAAAGAACUGUGUCCCUACAAUGAAUUUGCUAUAUGAAUUCAAGAAAAUUUUUCUACAUUUAGGCUAUUACUAAAUUAUGGCCUCUGUAGGAUGUUAAUCUGAUGCUGCUUGGCUAGAACAUACUCAGGAAUAACUUAUUCUAUUUAAUUCAGUUGACAGAACACAGUGAGACCUUUAAAAAUAAACAUGGGUCAAAGCAAUAUUUUUCAAAUAUAAUAAUAACAUGUUUCUUCA